AUGCCAGGAAUACAAGCAACUAUGGACAAAUUAAAAGUUUCAUCAUGUUCCAAGCUUAAUACUCUCAAGAAUAAUGAGAGACGGGGCUAUAUUUCAUUAUCGACUCUAGAGGUACUUAACUCGUUUAGUUGCUCAGUUGUAAACAUUUGCUCAUCAUCGAAAAUAAUUGGAAGGACAGUUCCUUAUAUAAACCUUUUUGAAGAUCAAAAUAUAUUCAAAGAAGUAACUAAAAAAUUUGUGAAAACACAUUUUGAAAGACUCCGGACUAAGGAUAUUAAAAAAUCAGACGAUUUUGAUCUUAUUUUAAAGUACUCCAAUGAAAUAAAUUCAUAUGCAAAUUACAUUGAGAAUGGUAAUAGAGAGAAGUUUAUUGAAGAAAGAGAUCAUAUCAAUUCAGUGGGAUAUAUAGCAGUACCAGAUAAUUGUAGGCCAGUAUCAGCACAUUAUGUUUUGAUGAAUAACUUUGCUGAAGGUAACCAUAAUUUAAAUUCUAGAAGUUUGAUUCAUCCAGCUUCACUAUAUUAUAUACCAAAUGAGGCAACAGUCGGCCAGAUUGGUUAUGAAAUGGGGAAAGUACCAUGCAUAUUUAAGAAAACACCUCAAAAAUCCACAUCAUUUAAAACAGGCCACUCUAGCUAUAUAACAAGGCCUCAUAGCUGUUUUGGUAGAGUCAACAAAUUUCAGAAGAGCUCUGCACUUUGCAAUAUGGAAAAUCCAGAAACACUUAAGCAUACAUAUUUCCGGAAUAUUAAUACAAAACUGAACUUGGCGAAGAGUAAUGAAAUCAAUAAUACAAAUAGUAUUGAACUUGACUAUUCUAAUACAGCUAUUCAGAAAAUGAAUCCUAAAUUUAAAAGAAGAAAUUUAAAACAAGAAUAUCUAGACUUUAAACUAUCUGCAACAUCUCCCUUGUCACUAAAUGUUAAAGAAGAUGUUAGUGUUGGAAUAUUUAAAAUAGAAGAUCUACACGAGGGUCUAACUAGGCAAGAGUUGGAUGGAAUUUAUUUAAGUAUGAACUCACAGCAAACAAAUACAAAUAGUAGGAAAGUUUUUUACACAAGGUUAAUGAGACGUAGAAUAAGCUCAAAUUUGGCAAAGAGAAAAGUAAGUGCUCUGCUAAAAACUUCUAAACCAUCACUCAAAUCUGGUACAGAUUACAAGGUCAUGGCUGAUUGGCAAUUAAAACAGAGUAUAGCUAGGGGCGAAUCGAUAUCUAAACUUGCAUAUAAUAAAGAUAAGGAUGGUCACCUCUUGUAUCCUUGUAUUUCGAGUGUACUAAGGUCAUAUGACACGUGUAUGGGUCAUAUUAGAAAUAAUCAGAUUACACCAUCAAGAGUUCAGCUAGUAGGACCACUGAGUUACAAACUAACUUCAUAA